AUGUGGGCACUCUUGGUUCUUAUAGGUACUGCAGCUGUUUCUGCUCACCUGCAGGAUCUUGCCUCGAUGAGUAGGAACAGACAUCAAGUGUUUCAUGUGAUUCCACAGAAUGAUGAGCAGGUGGAAACAAUCAAUUCCCUUGCCAACAACGUGCAGUUUGACUUUUGGCAGCCAGACUCCACACUGGUAAGGCCAAAAAUGCAAAUUCAUUUCCGAGUUGAAGUUGACAAAUCUUUUGAGGUUGAAGAUCUUUUGAAAGAAAGGGGAGUAUAGGUAAGUUUGCUCUCACUACUAGUUCUGACUGACAGCCUGCAGGCUGCACUGGAUGCCCAGUUUGACAGCAAGGCCCAUGCCACCAGGCACAGCUAUGAAAAGUACAACUGGGAAAUGAUAGCUGCUUGGACUGCUGAUAUUGCUGCUCAGAACCCAGACCUUGUCUCUUGCAGUGUAAUUGGGGAAAUGUAGGAAGGCUGGCCAAUGUACCUUCUCAAAGUAAACAUAAGAAAAAGUGGUACAAAUGAGAAGGCCAUCUUUAUGGAGUGUAGUUUCCUUGGAAGAGAAUGGAUCUCCCCUGCUUUCUGCCAGUGUUGUGUGAAAGAAGCUGUUGAGACCUUUGGAAAAGAUACUGUCAUGACCACACUUCUCAACAGCUUGGAUGUUAUUAAUAUUGAAAAUUACAUUUACACUUGGACAAAGGACCCAAUGUGGAGAAAGACACACUCUAAAAAUGCUUGUAGCCAUUGCAUUGGUACAGAUCCCAACAGGAAUUUUAAUGCUGGCUUAUCCACUCUUGGGGCCUCAGAAAAUCCUUGUGAUUCCACUUACUGUGGUGAUUUUAUUCGUGAACAUCUUUCUACAAUCAAGGCAUACUAGAUUCACUCCUAUUCCCAGCUGCUACUGUUUCCUUAUCUGUAUACUUACAAAUUACCAUUGAAUUACAACGAACUGAAUUCCAUUGCUCGUGCUGCAUCCAAACAGCUGGGCAGUUUGUGAAACACCAAAUACACAUACGGCCAAGGAGCUAAAAUGAUCUAUCCUGCUGCAGGGGGCUCUGACAACUGGGCUUACAACCAAGGCAUCAAGUACUCUUUCACUUUUAAGCUCCAAGACACUGGUAGAUAUGGUUUUGUUCUCCCUGAAUCUCAGAUAAAGCCAACCUGUGAGACUCUACUUGCUGUUAAAUAUAUUGCCAAUUAUGUACUUGCGCACUUGUAUUAGAAUCGAGUUCUAAAAACUGUUAAAGAAGGUUUUAUUCAAAGAUUCCUUCCUUUUUAUU